UGCCCUCUGAGAAGAAUCCGGACCGCCCGCGAGUGAUGGAAGUCGGUUCACAUGGGCACUCGAUGUUCGGCAUGUAAUUCGAGUUCUGAGGCUACCAUAAAACCGUGCAUGAAUGCGUUCUUGUGAUCCUUCUGCUCUCUGAGAAGAAUCCGGACCGCCCGCGAGCGAUGGAAGUCAGUUCACAUGGGCAUUCAACGUUCGACAUUCAACUCGGGUUCUGAUGCUACCAUAAAACCAUGCAUGUGUGCUGCAAGGAAGCCAAGUUCUCAUAUUCUCGAUGAAACUCUUCUUGUCGAUUGUCCUGGCUACUCUAGCUCAUGCUGGAUACGUGGUUCAGCGAGGUUCCGUGUGCCAUGUCCAUGCCAGUGAUGACUCUUCCGACGAUGCCCCUGCGAUCCUGUCUGCUUUUGAUCGAUGCGGACAAGGAGGAACAGUCGUGUUGAAUGAUGAACUCUACCAUAUCGAGUCGGUGAUGAAUACCACUGGACUUCGGGAUGUCUUAGUCGAUCUGAGCGGUACCAUGCUUUGGGGAACUAAUAUCACGUAUUGGCGCUCGAACGGGUUACCGCUGGGGUAUCAGAAUCAGACUACGGCGUGGAUGUUCGGAGGGGAUAGGGUCGUUUUCCGUGGACAUGGGGUAGGGACGUUUGAUGGUAAUGGACAGCUUUGGUACGACUUUACAAAGGGCGUAUCUAAUUUAGCAGGCCGGCCUAUCAGCCUUAUGAUCACGAAUACUACCAAUUCGCUCUUUUCUGGUAUCCGAUUUGUACAAUCUCAGUUCUGGACGAUGGCUAUCAAGAACUCGGAGGAUGUUUUGUUGGAAGGGAUAUAUGUGAAUUCCACUAGCAAUAGUUCGGAACCAGCGCGCAACACGGACGGUGUGGAUACGUUCUACUCAAAUCGGAUCACGUUUCGUAAUUGGACCGUCACUGGAGGGGACGACGAUAUAUCCUUGAAAGCAAACUCGACUAAUAUCUUGAUCCAAGACUCGGUGUUCCAUGCCGGUUUCGGUCUUUCUAUUGGAUCUAUUGGACAAUAUCCCGGUGUGUUUGAGCGGAUAGAAAACGUUACCGCUGAAAGGGUUGCGUGCCUUGGAACCAGCUACGCCGGAUGGAUCAAAACAUGGACGGGCAUCCAGCAGGGUUAUCCGCCGAAUGGUGGAGGCGGCGGUCUCGGAUAUGCCAGAAAUAUCACUUUCCGGGAUUUCGUCGUCCAAGAUAUUACCGACUCGGUAGCGUACAUCACCCAGUGCACGUCCUACAUCGGCGCUACGGGAGGGUGCGAUACGUCCCUGUUCCAGAUUUCCGACAUCACUUGGGAGUCGUCCGUGGGCAAUGUCGCUUCCGAGUAUCUGGCGGAGCUGCAGUGCAGUGGGGCCGCUCCGUGCACCGGCAUACGGUUUGGAGAAUUCGACGACAUAGCAACGAGUGGAAGUCGCACCAUUUCGUGUAGUAAUGUUUUAGAUCCUGUGGGAUUUAAUUGUACGACAUGACGCGGCAUGCACCGACUUUAUGUAUUACUACUCAAUUUGCCAAAGGAGGACUAGAGGCUUUAUCCGCUGUGCCUAGGAACGUCGAAUGAAAACAUCUUGUACUUUUUUUUACAUUCCAUUAAACUAUUUUACUGUGCUCUGAAUA